AUGAAGAAAGACACACAAUCAAAAAGAUUGUUCCCUGUUCCUGCCUCACAUCACAACAACACUAAAUCUGAUGACCUGCACAUCCCUCUCACCCCUCUCACCCCUCUAACAACCAAGCCUGUGGCUCAUAUUGGUAUGGCCCCACAUGAGGUGCACCAGAUCCAAGAUUUGCUCCACUGGCCUGGUCCAGACAAAGAAAUUAAAGAUUUCCUCCAAAGCACCACUCCGUCCAACACAUAUUUCCACAUUCCCGGGCUGGGGAAGAGCUACAAGGUAGGGGAUGAGCUACAUGUCACUGUGGUGGCGAGGGAUUUCCACCAGAAGCCCAAGCAAUAUGGAGAUGACUACUUCCAGGCCAAACUUUUCUCAUCCAAACUGAAGGCGAGUGUGUUUGGGGAGGUUACAGAUCUGGAGAAUGGGUCCUACUCAGUGCACUUUCUCCUGCCCUGGUCUGGGGAGGCUCGGGUAGCUGUACGCCUGAUCCACUCUAGCGAGGCUGUGCAGGUCCUGAAACAACUCCGGAAGUAUCAAUCGGACCGCGUCUACUUCAAGGGCCUGUUCGUGGGAACAGGUCUCAAUGGGGAAAAGCUUAAAGAGACGAUGGAGUGCAAUUCAAAGUGGGAUGGGGCUGGUCUGGAACGUAUGCAGAAGAGUAACUGCUGUGAGUAUCCAGACCCAAAAACAGAAGAGGUGUGGCUGUGCAAGAGGCCCAAAUAUCUGCCCUGUGAUGCCCUGGUCUACCAUGUGGUUGGGGGCUACAGGGCGAAGCUUGGUAGUCUGCAAAACAAACUUCUGGGCAGCAUUGCUAUUGCUGUACUAACACGUAUAGCUAGAGUAGCUUGCUUCAGAAUUGAAGGUUUAUUCUUCCCUGGGUCUGUUUCAGGUGCGACAGAGAGAUGCAGACCUGGGCUGCAAAUCCCCGUCCCAGCUGGGUUCUACAUGAGGGACGUGUGGACCUCUCUGGUCUGCACCACCGGCCAUUUUAAUGCUCCCAAAAUAACCCAGUGCCUCAAGGACAGAGAGCUCUUCAUGAUGGGAGACUCCACCAUGAGGCAGUGGUACCAUUACCUGGGAAGUUCUGUGCCCAGCAUGAAAUACAUCAACCUUCACUCCGCUGAACAGGCAGGUCCUCUCUUGGCGGUGGAUGUGGAAAAUAACAUAGUCUUGCAUUGGAGGGCUCAUGGCACACCACUGCGCUCUAAAGCGGCCCCAUUUGCUGACUUGCACUACAUCAGCAAUGAGAUUGACAGUAUAGCAGGCGGGUCCCGCAAGGUCAUCAUCUUCAACAUUUGGGCGCACUUCACAACUUACCCGCUUGAGUAUUACAUCCGUCGAGUGGCAAGGAUUCGGCAAGCUGUUAUUGCACUGCUGAAGCGGGCACCAGAUACGAUUGUCGUAAUCAAGUCUGCCAACACCACAAAACUCAAGAAUGUGUACAGCUCUGACUGGUUUUCAAUACAGUUGGACAUAAUAUUGAGAAACGCCUUCCAGGGGAUUCAUGUAGCAUUCAUAGACGUCUGGCAAAUGACAUCCUGCCACUACAGUAAAGAAAGUAUCCAUCCCAACCCAACUGUCAUUGGGAAUGAGAUCAACCUAUUGUUGUCAUUCAUCUGUCCUAACACCAAAGCCAUCAUGGAGAGACCAGCGACUUGUGCAGGAAUCGAUGUGGGGGAUUCUCCGCUUGAAGCAGUGGUAGCCGCCCAGCAGGCUGCUCUAGGCAGGCAGGAGCAGGCUGCUACCAUCGAGCAGCAGACAUUGGUUUUUCAGCGCCAGGAUGAGAUCUUGGCUCGGUUAGGCGCUUUAUCUGACCCUGUCCAGGACGCUCUGGCCACCAUUGAACCACCUGGGAAUUUAGGGUCGUUGAUUUCCACGGCGAUCCGUAUCGAUAACCGGGUCCUGGAACAAACUGACAUAGGGUCUGACUUGGACAAGGAGGAGGCUAGGGGGUUCCCUAGUCCUAAGGUUAGGACACCGGACGAGGAGGAGCAUGAGGGGAGUCUGGAGUGGGACUCAGUCUGUGACUGGAAUCUCCCUAUUGACGAGGUGGAGACUGCGCGGCUGGUGGUCGACCACGUGUUUAGGCUACACAGCGUGCCUCAGGACGUGGUGUCUGAUCGUGGACCCCAGUUCGCCUCCCGGUUCUGGGGGGCGUUCUGUUCCCUGUUGGGUGCCUCGUUAAGCCUCUCAUCUGGCUUUCACCCCGAGACCAAUGGGCAGACGGAACGCACCAAUCAGACCCUGGAGAACACGCUCCGGUGCCUGGCUGCUGCCAACCCCACUUCGUGGAGCCGUCAACUCAUGUGGGCGGAGUACGCCCACUAUACGCUGCAGAACGCCUCCACCGGUCUCUCAACGUUCGAGGUAUCCUCCGCCACUGUUCCCGGAACUGGAGUCAGGGGGCGAAGUGCCCUCUGCUGA